AUGUCCUUUUUGGUACCCAAAAAUAGAACAGUUAAAGAAACUAAUCCUUGGUGUUACUUAGAUAUUGCAAUACAGCCAGAUCCAAUAAUACAUGCAGAUACAAAUGAAUCAAAACAACUACUAUCAACAUAUGAAACCAUUGAAAUGGAUUUAAUAACAUGGAACACACUAAUCUUAACAAGUUUAAACAAAUUAUAUGGAUUAAUUGGUGAAUCAUCACCAUUUGAAAUUAUAAAACAUAAUAAUAACCCACUUCAAAAACAAAUCAUACUCAAAAUACAAGUUGAAGAUCAAUCAAAAUUUAAUAAUUCACUAAUGAGUUAUACUUUUAAUUUAAGUAAAUAUUUUAAUGAUUUGAAUUUAAAUUGUAAUUUUAAAAUAAAUAAAAUUGAGAAUUAUGUUGGAUUGGUAUUAUAG